GAAAUCUCAUGUACAUUAGACUAGCAUUUCAUUUAUUACCAUUAAAAGUAUAUUCCAUAUUGAUUAAACAGCCACGCCUGGAAAUGAAAAGGGUGGGAAACUCAAAAUAAAAUGCAUACAGACUAUAUAUAAUUGAGGAAUUUGAGAGAAGUGAGGAAGCUGGUUUAUUACUUGGUACGUUAUAAUUUGUCUCAUCUAAAAAAUAAGUGGGGCUGGCCUUUCACUGGCAUACAUUUCUGAGAAAGCAUGUUCCCAAAAGUAAAAAGCUCUGAUGGAGCUAUUAAGGCCACACAUUCAUGACAAAGAUAACAAUCCAAUGAUCUUACUGUAAUGAUAACUGUUAGUGUUAACAAAAACCUGCUGACUUUUUACAUCAGCGAGUAAAUAUUUUCAGUGUAUUCCUCCACACCUCUGUCGAUGGAGGCUGUGCUUCAGAUUGAGUGCCCACCCAGAAAAUGAAACAUGCUCUAGAGGGAGUAGCAGCAGCCAGACUCAACUGCUCCUCAUGUGCAACUCACUAUUCUUACCCAGUGAUGCUUUCUGUGAGCAGACCGAUAAUAGGACCGAAAAGAAGUGCUGGGGUCAAUUGGAAACAGCUUCAAUGUAACAGGAACAGGAAGUGGUGAACAGAACGAGCUACCCGGUGAAACAUGAGGCUUGUCUGUUCCUCUCUCUUGACACUGCCUGUACAUCAUCUCAGCUUUUCCAAAUAUAGAUUAACCAGGCUUUGCCAUGUAUUUAACUUAAAUCUUGAGGGAGUAUCUUCAACCCCGUCCUGCCUGGCACCUGUUUGAUUAUUUGAAGGCGAAAUGACACAAAACCAUGCUGCUGGGACUGCUAAUGGUACCACAAAGAAGGGAGAGGAACUUAAAAUUGUGAUAGUGGGAGAUGGAGGCUGCGGGAAAACAUCUCUUCUAAUGGUUUAUGCUAAAGGUGACUUUCCAGAGAAAUAUGCGCCAUCAGUGUUUGAAAAAUAUGUCACCACUAUCUCUCUUGGAGGAAAAGAGAUUCAGCUCAACCUGUAUGACACAGCUGGACAGGAUGACUAUGACAGACUGCGUCCGCUUUCAUACCAAGACGCCGAUCUGAUUUUAGUCUGCUUUGAUGUGACCAACCCCACCAGCUAUGAGAAUGUUAUGAUAAAGUGGCACCCAGAGGUGAAGCACUUCUGUCGGGACACUCCGGUCAUUCUGAUUGGCUGCAAGACGGACCUCAGGAAGGAUAAAGAGUGUGCAAGGAAGCUCAAGGCCAUGAAUCAGGCUCCCAUCACAUACACACAGGGUGAAGAGACACGGCAGCAGAUGAAUGCAGAGCUCUAUCUCGAGUGUUCGGCGAAGUAUCAGGAGAACGUGGAAGACAUUUUCAGGGAGACCACUAUAAGAACUUUGGCCUUCAAUCGAAAACAAAGGAAACACAAGAGGAAGAAGAAAUGUGUCAUUUUGUGAAGUCAAAACAACAAAUUCUUGAGGAUUCCACAGGCUAGAUUUUUUCAUGAAAACCACUAAUCUUAAAGUGGUGGACAUUCAGAGACUAAAAUUGCUUGCUGUCCUAAACAGAUGUGGAAACAGCUAUGUAACAACUAGUUCAGGCGUAAGUCUGUGCCUCACUAAAACAUUAGCUCUUUUCUGAAGAUGAUGACGUAACAUGAAAGACAAUUUUGGAAGAAGCGACAGAGUGGUAUGCUGCUUGAACAAAAUGAAACCCUUCUGCGAAUGUAUUUUGACUUUUCUAUGAGACAGUUUUUUGUAUUUUUCUUUAUACAUUUAUGGAUAAAAGCUUUGUACCGUUUCCAAACCUGUGUUUUAUUGAAAUGUAUAGCCAUCUGUUGGUGGAAUUUGAACAGGUAGUUUUUGUGUUGUCAGAUUCUUUCAGAGGUUUUGUAUUGCCCAUCGAUUUCAAAUGUCUGAAUCAUGUUUAUAGCUAUAAUGUAUCAUGGUACUGUAGCUUUAACAACCUUGAAAGAAAAAAGAAAAAACGUGAUCAACACCCUAGAGUAUUAGCGAAUUACCAGUAAAACAAAACACUGAACUAGAACUAGUUUUGGAGCAGUGUCAACUCUGGUCUUGACUCUUAUCUUUACCAACAGCGCCCACCAGUGUUGGAAAUACUGAUUGCUGCACAGUCAAGGUAUUUCCACAAUUCCCAAACAGUAAGUUGAAGCAACACUGAAAUAAAGUAAAUUACUUUUUAUCCCAUUGCACACAAAAAACACACAGAAAUAGCAAAACAAUUUAAUGAGGUGUUUAAUAUAUAUGUUUUACAACAAUGUACACAGAUUGAGAAAUUGUUAACGGUCUUGUUACUGAUCUCAGGCACCAGUUAGUCUUGAAAUGAAUGAUGAAAACAUUGUCUCACAUUAGCUACAUCAUAAAAAGGAAGAAUUCAAGUUUUUUAUAGCAUUCUGGCAGCUCUCUCGAAUCAAAUGUGACAUUUUGGUCAGUAACAACAUGCUUUAAUGUUCCCUUAAUAAAAGUUAUACAUAACUAUUUGGAUUCUCUUCAGCAUGAUUCUGGGAAAUG